GACGCCUGCGGUCCUGUCUCCUGUGGCCUGUUCUGCUUCCUGUCCCCAGCCCAGAUGGACAUAUGUGGCAGGAGUCGGAGACAGGUGCUUCCGGAAGCCCGGGACACCGCUGUGAAGAGGACCCAGCCACGCCCCUUGUCCAGGGUAAAUGGCUGGUCUCGGCCUCUCCACAUAUUCCAGGCAGUCUCCUGUACCAUGUACCUGCUCUUGUCAUUCAUCACCUUUGGGAUCUUCAUCCCCUUCCUGCCAGAUGGUGGGAAAUAUGCUGCCUACACUGUGGUUGGCGGGUUGUUCCUGUUCCAUCUCGUCGUCCACUUGAUCACAAUUACCGUUGAUCCAGCUGACUCCAAUGUCCGACUUAAGAAGAGUUACUCCCAGCCUGUGCCGACCUUCGACCGGUCCAAACACGCACAUGUGAUCCAGAACCAGUACUGCCACCUGUGUGAGGUCGCUGUGAGCAAGAAAGCCAAACACUGCAGUGCCUGCAACAAGUGCGUCUCUGGCUUUGAUCACCACUGUAAAUGGCUAAACAACUGUGUGGGCAGCAGGAACUACUGGUUCUUCUUCUGCUCCGUGGUCUCAGCCUUGGCUGGUAUGCUCUGCGCAAUGAUCAUCCUGCUGUAUGUCUCCAUCAAGCUCUUUACCAACCCCAGUGAGCUCCGCACAGACCCCCUCUAUAAAGAGGUCAGCACUGUGAACACAUGGCUGCUGUUCCUGCCGCUGUGCGCUGUGCGGGUGAAGACUCCCGUGGUCCUUUCAGUGCUCACUGUGGUGCUGCCGCUGGUCCUCACCAGCUCCGUGCUGCUCGGACACCUGCUCAUCUUCCAUUGCUACCUGUUGGCCAAGAAGUUGAGCACAUUUGACUACAUAAUGCAGGCCCGUUUCCAACAGAACACCAGUCCCAUGGAGAAGAAGGACCUGUGUGCACAAUCAGAGGAAGGCCUUCUCCAGGAGAAAACAAGCAGUCCAAAGUCACCUCCGUCUUCAUCAAGACUACCUAAUGGACAGAAGCAAAAGAAGUUGCUGCUGACUUCUCUGUGUUCAGUGCUGUUCCCCAAGACUGCUAUCCAUCCCAAGAAGUGCUCUUCACAAGCGGGGUUGUCAUCACUGCAGGCCAGCAGAGCUUCGGAGGGAGAACUCCCCGGGAUUGAAACCCACCCACAAUAA